UUGGCCACAGAACAAGCAGCGAUCGUCACUGUAGUUCCACAUCGGGUUCAUCUCUAACGUCUAUCUCAUCCUCGCAGUAUUGACAGAUCUCUGGUCAAUCGAUACAUGGUGCAAAUCUCGCCCCUGGUCAAGCGAUAGUUCCACACGCUGUUGUAUUGACCAUUCGAGUGAAUGAGGCAUCGGUGAAAGCACGAGAAAAACGUGUAAGGGCUGUCGACCUGGACAUACACUGACCGAUACAAUGGCUAAGAUUUGAUACAUUGGAUGCUCUACGAAGACAUUAAAAGGUGCAGGAUGCAGGGACAAUGAUCUUCCGCUAGAUGGCAGCACUUAAGAAUGCCAAUGACGUUACCACUGGACCUCCAGACGCAGAUCGAUCCCGACUGUCAGAGGAUCCUGCAGCAUUUACCUCAGAUACAGUCGGAUUUGUUUGACAACGAAAACGACGCGUCACUACUCAGGAAGUUCCUCCGCAGGAAAGACCUUCAGCUCACCAUGAAGAUGUAUAAGCGGCUUUGCAUUAUGAGCCACCGGCGCAUGCGCCCUGUGACCCGCUCAUCGGUUGCAUUAGCAGCAAAUACAUUCUGUGACGUGAGAAAGGGUUCAGAAAAGGAAGCACGUGCCACAAGAGAGCUGUUACAGAUUUUAUCCAUGCCGCAUGUCCAGGCGUUACUCUACACACACGAUCGUGUGGCUGCAGGAGAGUUUGACCCUGUCGUUGACCAGGAGACAUAUGACAUAGCUACGGAUGAAAAGACACUCAAGAUCGUCCAUCUGGUCAAGAGUGACGAACCACUGGGGGUUACAAUCCAGAUGAAGGAAGAAACAGGCGCCAUAGAAAUAGCCAGGAUAAUGCACGGAGGAGCGGCACACAGAAGUGGUCUUAUUCACGUUGGGGACGAAAUUUUCGAAAUCAACGGCGUUCAUUUCCGGGGAAAGCAUCCUGAUGAAAUGGCCCAAACCCUGUCAAAAAUUUCGGGCCCUGUUACAAUGAAGCUGGGACCAGCAGAAAAUAAUGCAGCAAAAUUCAGGGCUAGCAAAACCAGAGUAAAAGCUCUUUUCUCAUACAACGCCGAGGAGGACACCGUUAAUCCGUGUGCUGAAGCUGGUCUGUCUUUUGAUAGAGGGGACAUUCUCCACAUUAUAUCCCAAAGCGACGCCCUCUGGUGGCAGGCCCAGAAGGAAGGAGAGAAAAAUGCAAGAACCGGUCUCAUACCAUCAUCGAUCUUACAGGAAAGGAGAGAAAUGUUGCGGAAGGCAAAUGAAGAGGAUGAGCAGAACUCCAGAGGAUCACGUGCUAUAAGUCCCUGCAGAAUAAGCCCCAAAAUACCUCGCUCAAAACGGGUUCGGAAAAUGAUGUAUCAAGCAAUACUUAAUGGAGAGUUUGACCACGGGGAAGUACCGACUUACGAGGAGGUUGAAUUGUUCACUCCUGAUCCUAAUCGGCCACGCCCACUUGUCCUUGUUGGUGCAACCCAUGUUGGAAGAAAUGAGUUGAAAAGACGACUAAUAGCAUCUCAACCAUCUCACUUCACCGACAUUGUCCCUUACACGAGCAGAACGCGGAGGCCGUUUGAAGAGGAGGGAAAAGAGUACCACUUUAUAUCACGACAGGAAAUGGAAAGCGGAAUCAUUUCACAAAGUAGGUAUGUGGAACAUGGCGAAUAUAAGGGGAAUCUCUAUGGAACUCGGACAGAAACAGUUAUGUCAGCAAUACAGGAGGGCAAGAUGUGUAUUCUCUGCCCAAGCGUACAGGCAAUAAAAUCACUGCGAACUGCCGAAAUUAAGCCUUAUAUAAUAUUUAUCAAACCACCCGUCCUAGAGAAGCUGAAGGAGACCCGACAUAAACAAGCUGCAAGCAUCACCUUGGAGGAUGGAGAUACCCGCUUGUGUAGUAAUGAAGACUUUGAAAACCUUAUUGAGGCGAGUGAUAAAAUGGAGGAUCGAUAUGGCUACCUUUUUGAUUGUACGAUAGUUAAUCAAAAUCUGCAUCUAGCGACAAACGAACUUUUGAAAGUUGCACAUUCUGUUGAAACGGAUGUGACAUGGAUACCUGCAUCAUGGAUUCAAUAA